UACUCGCAACCCCGGCGUUGACGUGAUCACCGGCGGGAUGCUGUGCCCUUCUCCGAUGGAGCAUGGAGCUGCCGCGGAUCGCAUCUCAAACGUCCAUCUGCCCGCCCAGCAUUCCAGGGAUCCAGCUGCUGACGGAGUAUCAGAAGCCGAGGGAGUCGGCCAGCAAGAAGCUGCUGAGCGCCUCCAAGCAACCAGCUGAACCCCAGUUUGCUGUUCUUCCUUCGGCGCCUGCAUUCCAACCUAGUCGAAAGAGGGAGGAGGCACGUGCACUCCAAAAUUUGAGAAGAAGACUUCAGUCUGUGAGGGUUUUACAAGCUAACAGAGCUGAACCCAUCGAGGCUUCUUGUGCCAAUAAUAAUAUUAGUCCUGAAGAACUUUGCAAUAGGCCUUAUUUGCUCCAAAAG